UGCGAUGGUGAUGGUGUCUCGUUAUCGGCUAAGCCCACCGAGACCUAAAUCACCCACAUGCCAGGCCCAGAACGUGGGCUUAUCUCAGCCUAUUCGGUAGCAGCUGUUGACGCGGCAGACAACUAUCAACCAAGUCGAGCAAGGUAACAGGAUAAUGCUAGUAUCUAAACUCGAAGAAAGCACAACAAGGUGGUUGGCUCUGCUGCCCUCAUAUAUUCAUUUCAUCUUCGGACACGGGUAAUUGAACUUUUGCGAAGCAUUUCAUCCUGCUUUUACCAAUUAUGGGUCCCUUACUGUAUCAAUCGAGACACGUACCGGCGGAGGAAGCUCGAGAGACGGGUUGCUUUACAACCCUUCCGAUCCGAGUUCAUCCACGGGACGACCUCGCUGAUGCAGCCAGCCGGCGGUUUGUCGGGGACUGGGCCAGGGAAAUGGGAGAUGGCCGAGAGAAAAAGACUUGCUUCUCUUUUUCGCCUGUAGGCAACUGGUCUUCUCUCAUUUACCCUGAAGCCAUUCCCGAGCGUCUGGGAGUCUUGGCAUAUCUUUCAGAUUUGGGUUUGAUUCAUGACGACACUGGGGAGGGUCUCAGCAUCGAGGAAGCGCAAGCCGAGCACAAUGAGCUUCAUGCUGCCUUGAACCCAGACGACAAGAGCAGUCUGGAUCCUGACUCAAGGGCAAUGAAGACCAAGAAGCUCGUUUCACAGUGCAUGCUCGAGUGUAUCAACCUCGACCAUGAGCUUGGGUUGAAUAUGCUCGCUGCCUUUCGUGAUGUUUGGCUCGCUAUCAGCGAGAAGAACAGCGACAAGGAGGCACAGACAUUGGAAGAAUAUCUCCAAUACCGCAGUGACAACGGCGGCAUGCUAGUUUUCUGGCCAAUGCUGCAAUUCAGCUUGGGCAUAUCCCUCUCGGAAGCGGAGCACGAGCUCGUGCAGCCCAUCAUUGACGCGGCCACUGAAGGUCUUUUACUGGCGAAUGACUACUUCAGCUGGGAGCGCGAACUGAGAGAACUCCAGUCCGGUCAGUCUAAGAGGAUCGUGAGCGCCGUGGAGCUGUUUGCCCGAACAAUGGGACUUUCGGUUGAGGAUGCCAAGGAGGCGGUCAAAUCCAGGAUCAUCAAGUCAGAAAAUGAUUUCUGUCAACGCCGCGAUGAUCUCUACAAAGCUCAACCCAAAAUAUCAUUGAAGUUGAGAAGAUGGAUUGAUUGCGCUGGCCUAGCGGUCUCAGGAAACCACUAUUGGUGUUCUGCUUGUCCGAGACAAAACGCGUGGAAGAACGAAACACUCUCAAAUGGCCAGAACGGCCAAGGUAUUGAUCGAAUUCACAACGAAAACGGGUUCAAGACUGUGCCCAUCACUAAUGAAACUGCUACCAAUCUUCAAAGCAACGACAUCGAGAUUCUCUCGAACGGUAACGGGGGUAACGCCAUCAUCAACGGAAACGGUGUCAAAACUGUUGCCAAUGGCAACGGAGUCAAAAGAAAACUCUCACAGUACGGAAUGGCAAGUCCAGAACAAGAACCAUGUGUUCGGAAAAAGAGAAGCAGGGACAUAGAUGUUUUAUGUCAAAACCACGACAUUCAAACGGUCUCCCAGUACGCCUAUUACAAACCGUCCAACCUGGCCAUGGAUGCGCCGGCAGUCUACAUCUCAGGAAUGCCUUCCAAAGGUGUCCGCGGCACCUUGAUUGAUGCUCUCAACACCUGGCUACACGUGCCUUUAGCAGCGGUCAAGACAAUCACGUCAGUUGUAAACCUGUUGCACAAUGCAUCACUCAUUUUGGACGACCUGGAAGACAACUCUCCACUCAGGCGGGGGCUCCCAUCAGCCCACGUCAUCUUCGGGCAAGCCCAGUCCAUCAACAGCGCAAACUUCAUGUUCGUCAGAGCAGUACAGGAAGUAGCUCAGAGUCUCAGCCCAGCUGCGAUGACAGCAGUGCUUGAAGAGCUUGAAGGCCUCUACCUCGGGCAAAGCUGGGACCUGUACUGGAAGUUCAACCUGGCAUGCCCUACCGAGGCCGAGUACGUCAACAUGAUUGACCACAAGACCGGCGGCAUGUUCAGAAUGCUGCUACGGGUCAUGCAGGCCGAGAGCACAGCUACGGAAACGCCAGGCCUCGACUUCGAGCGGCUGACUCUGCUUUUCGGGCGCUUCUUCCAGAUACGCGACGACUACAUGAACUUCGGAGACUACGCGGCCCAAAAGGGUCUCUGCGAGGACCUUGACGAGGGCAAGUUCUCGUACCCCAUCGUCUACUGCCUCGCCAACCACCCAGAAUAUCGCGGGCACAUCCUUGGCGUGUUCAGGCAGCGACCGACGGUAGCCACGACUACCGCUUCUCCGCUUUCCAAGGAGAGCAAGGCGCAUCUGGUGAGCUGCUUACGCAAGUGUGGAGCGUUUGAGAAGACGCUCGACUGCUUGCGGGACGUUGAGCGGGAGCUGGAGUCGGAAAUCGACCGACUGGAGCAUUUGACGGGAGAAGCCAACCCCAUGCUCCGCCUGUGCCUUGCAAAGCUAAGCACAAAGGGGAUUGCCACGUUGGGAUAGAUAGACGAGUUGGAUGGAUCGCGGAUUUGUGACACAUGCUGUGUGACGACCCCUCUAUUGGUCAUUUUCUUCGUGUUGGAUGUCGAUACAACGUUGAUUUAGCGCUUACAGCAUAUGUCUCUCGUUAUCCUAUUGAGAAAUACCAUCCUAUCUUUCGCUUCAGACAGAAUUAUUUCGACGUGGCCCGUGAACGCCACCAUGCUUAGCUAGCAGGAUAAACCCGCAAACAGCUCUGGUCCAUACACCGCCGUCAUUGGACCCGUUUGCGCGGCGAAGGAUGCGCCAAAUUCAGAAUCCUUCAGGGGUCGGGCCGUUGGAGAAAGGACUACUGCACGUUAGAUCCUAAUGACACCCAUCUGCAUCGCGUG